AUGACCGAGAUGGAGGAGAAUGUUAAUUCAGCUGCUGAGACAUCGGCCGCAUUUUCGGCAGCAGCCCUAGCGGCAGUAGAGCCGGCUGCCUCUUCGCCUGCUCCUCCGGCCGCAUCUCCGGCUGCUAUUUCGCUUACUCCAGAUCCGCCGACCCAACUCCAACUCCCACACACCUGGACGGGUCUAGAAACUCUAGAGGACGAUGGUGACUCCGCGCUAGGUGAAGAUAUCGCCAGCUCCACGGCAUCCAUCACGUCAAGCAUCCUGAAGUUUCGCGUACUCAAUGGGCGUACGUACCACCACGAGCUUGGCGAGAAUCAUUACUGGGCCCCCAACGAUGACCGCCAGAAUAACACGCUCGAUAUUGGGCAUCACACCUACACGCUGCUUAUGGGUGGCAAACUCUUUCUCGCGCCCUUACCAGAGCAUAUUGAUAAAGCCGUUGAUAUUGGUACAGGAUCGGGAAUUUGGGCUAUCGAAAUCGAAGACUUUAAUGAGCCAUGGACGUUCGGCGACAACUCGGUCGACUACGUACACCUUAGAUGGCUGGUUGGCUGUGUACAGGACUGGACGCAACUGUUCAAGAAUGCAUACAGGAUUCUUAAGCCUGGUGGCUAUAUUGAAUCCCUUGAGGUGGACGGCAGCCUCGACUCAGACGACGGCACCGUGACAAAGAAGACGGCGUUGUCCCAGUGGGGACAAAUCUUUCAAGAAGGGGCACGAAAGCUUGGCUCGCUCGCUUCAUUCAACCCUGUCCCGUUUUCUGAAUGGUCGGAAGACCCGGUCCUGCACGAAGUCGGUCAGUUCACUCGUGCCGCCAUUUUCAAUGACAUUGAGGGACUCGUCAGCGUGAUGGCUACCCAGCUCGGCUGGACUCCAGAGGAGAUUACCGUCUAUGCUGCCCAUCUGCGCCGGGAAAUGCGGGGCCUUAAUGUGCAUGCGUAUAUGCACGGCUGUGUAGCUUAUGCGCAGAAACCACUGGAUGCGUAG